CCACUCGUGGAGUGGCGGGGAGUGAUCAGGCGUUGUUCGCCCUCACAUCAUUUCGAAGACAACAACGUAAUAACCAACAACAAAACACCCGUCAUGGGCUCCAGCAACUCCAAAACGUUUGGUGAUACGCCAGCAGACGAAGUAGCAAAGACUGUAAGUUCUUUUGGGGAAAAGUACCAGCAGUAUGAGAAAGCAAUCAAGGAAAACAGAAUCGAUGGUAUCUACCUCGAGACGCUCAAGAACGAAGAAGAGUUUUUCCAGACUUUGGACAAUCUGAAGAUAACUUCCCGUCUGCACCGCCGUAAACUGUCGGCUGCCUACCGAAGAAGAACUUCGUCGACUACAUAUUCUUCUUGUCGGCUAAGCUUUGGGUCCACUGCAAGCACAUCUAGCAGCAGUAGCUCCUUGGCGAGCUUGGCAGGGAGUAUCAUGGGCGAGGAUGAUUUGAGUCUUGACUUGUCAGUUGUAUCUUCAAUCCUAGAAGACGCCGCAUCCGAACAAGAGCAAGCCAAUGACAAAUUGCGAAGACAAGUCAAGAUACUCCGAGACGAAAACAAGCAAACAAGUCUUUCAUCGUGCUACCAACCACCCGAAGGCCACGCAACGAUUGUUAGGACUGAUAUUGAAUCCUCCACCAACUUGUGGGAGGCCGAUCCCAAGGCAAUGCUGAAAGCCCUUCACCUCCACAACGACAUUAUGCGACAGGAAAUUACAAACAGUUAUGGAUAUGAGAUUGGAACAGAAGGUGACAGUUUCGCAGUUGCCUUUCACCAAGCAUCCGACGCUCUGAUAUUUGCGUUGAACAUCCAGGAAAGAAUGAACAGCGCUCCUUGGGAUAACGAUAUUCUGGCACUGCCAUGGGCCAAUGGCCCUCAACGCAGAGGAAUACGAGUCAGGAUUAGUGUUCAUACAGAUACGGUUGAGACCAGCAAGGACCCCACCACUGAUAGGAUCAAGUACAGUGGACCAGCCAUGGACAUUGCCAAGAGUCUCGAAGGCAUCGCCGUAGGAGGUCAAAUUGUGGCAAGUCACGAUACAUGGAUGGCCGCAUUUCCUGUUGCAGAGUCCCAACUGGGUUGUCCAAGGGUGUUGUCGCUUGGCAUGCAUACUAUUCCUCCCAAGGGCAGUGGAGAAGCAGUCACAAAGCGCAUCUUGGAGGUUGCUCCCGCUUCGUUGAGUCUCAUAGCGACAUUGUAGGGACAAAGAAGGUAGCCUCCUGACAUAGAGAUAGACAUUAUAGACACACAUGUGCCAGUGCAAACAGAGCCGUGCAAAUAGAACAUCAAGAUGUUGCAUGAUAUUGGUCAUGGUAGCUGGGCUGAUUGAUUAUUCCUGGCGAACCUUGGCAUUUUUCUUUGGUAGAUUGUUGUUAUCACCCUCGUUGUUUUUGAAAACGCUAAAUUUAUUUUGGUUCAAACAUUCUUCUUGACCGCAAUGAUUUGCACUACUCCAUUGGUCUCCUCGUACUCAUAGUUUUGCAAUUGAUCUUGAGAAAUGAUACUGAGUGGCACCAACACCACCAUUGGAUCACUGGAAACGGCUUCCUCCAGACGAUCCCAAGCUGUCGUUGUGAAAACAAUAACGUCGGCUUUGGGUAAAGGGAUUCCUGGUUGGAGCACCUCUGAGCAGGUCCCCAGGAAGAUUGGUUGAGUAAUCAGAGGGCACCAGUUGGCAAGCAGCAAUAAUAUAAUGAUUUGGGAUGGCAAUGCAACCUAUUGCAGGUACUGACAGCACUGGCCAGCUAGAUAAUUAACGACGUACCGGUUUGAAAGCUUCCCUUUGAGGAUUGCUGCUGUAACUCUGGGUUUAGAAAUUGCCGUGUGUGGUCUACGAUCCGAAGCCGUUGCUCCUGUGGGUGACAUACCACCACGAAGGAUGCGUCCAGCGCCAAGAGUGCCGCCAGCGAAAAACUACUGGCUCCAAUUUCGAGGACAGAGCAUCCCUGAUUAUUAUUAUUGAAUGACAAAGAAUGCAGCAGAUGCUGUACUAAAAGAGGCCCAUGAUCCACUUCUACUUGACCGGCGUCGUCGUCAUUGGUGUUUGUUGGUUGAAGCCACACGAGCGUUGUUUCUUCGGUUACCGCCACUUUGGUUUCCAAGCAACGUUGUCCAAACACCAUGUGAGUAUUGGAUUGAUCCAAUGGUACCUCUGGAUCGGCAUAAUAUCCUCCCAUGGAAAGAGAAGAAGACGUAGUGGCAGCAGAAGGAAAUAGCGAGAAAGCUUCUCCUGGUUGCCAGAGAAAGGAUGCUGCCAAUGCGUGUAACGGCAGUGCCACUAUCAGCAUCCUUCGUUGCCAGAGAAGCACCAUGACAUCUAUUAUGUAACUGCCAAUCAACUGUACUAGGUACUUGCUACUUGAAUGCAGCAGGUAGAGUGCAGCUUGUGAUGUUGCCGUUGCUGCGCCGGUGGUAUGGUACCGGUACCACCAACGGAAUGGUUGGCAGGAAGGAGAGGAGGAAGCAUGCAAUCAUCAAGAAAAGGCGAGGGUUCCAUGGUGGCACCGGUGCGUGGGUUUAAACUUGUGAGUCCCGCUCGCGUAACUGGUGGGAUAUCCCUUAACUCUUUCACCGGGUU